AGCCUUUGCAGCUUUUAAAGUCCAGUUUUUUCAGACAUUGUAAACUUGUUUGAGCUCAUAAGUGGGUGUGGAAAAACUGUAGCUGCUGAUUAUCUCAAAAUGACCUACAGGCUGUUGUUAGCAGUCUCUUUUAUUGUUGUUCUAUUAGCAAGCAAUGCCAAUGCUCAGGAUCCUCCAGCGCUACUAGCAUUUGCUAUGAACCUGCAGCAGGUUCCAGGAAUAAUUGGAUUUCAAUUUGACUCACAAGUUCAAGCUGAGUCGUGCAAUCCAUCUGAAGUCACUCUCAAAAGCUCCAGCGAUGGAACUGGUUCAGAAUUUUCUCUCACUGGAGGUUCUUGCACUCUAUUAGAUGGUAGGCUAUUACUUACACUGACAGCUGAAGAUAGGCAAUCUCUUGAUGCUGAUACGUCUCUAGCAACGUCUGCUGACAAUACGUUUAUAACACUUGGAGGACAAUUUGUUAUAAGUACAGAAGGAGUGCCUAAUGAAGCUGUUGAAACCCCAGUACAAGUAACAGACUUUAUAGGAGGAGGAGCACCUCCAGCUGGCCUCACUAUUGAUUUCUCUUUACUUGAUCUCAAUGCUGGAUUCCUUACAUUAGGAUUCACUGCUGAUAUUGCUAAUCUUAAUCCAGUUGGUAUCAAUAUCAGUAAUACAGGACUGAACACUACUGUAGUGAUAAUUCCUGAUUUCAUUACGUUAGAACAACCAGUCAAUAGUGUCAAUAUAACUCUCUCACAAGCUAACUUGAAUUCAUUAAAGAUUGCUUUUGGUUCUUCUAUUAAUUUUACUGCAUGGAGUGUUUCCAUAGGUCCGGAUACAGCCACUACUUCUGAUGGAACAACUAACACUCCAGCCACUAUACAGCUGACCAGUGCAGUUCCUGACACUACUUCUCCUAUAUUCCAAGCUCUUGGUCUUAACAUGAAUACCAGCACUGCUCUGAUUACAUUUGAUGAACCGAUCGAUAUAGCAGCUGCUGAUUUAGAUGCUGUUUAUUUAGUCAACCGGGUAUCUCCUCCAUUUUCAACUAAUUAUAGUUUAAUUGAUUCAACGCUCAGUGCUUCACAAGGUUUCACUAUGGUCUCCAUCACUUUCUCUUCAAAUCUUGCCAAUCAGUUGAAAGCUAACCCAUUGAUAGCAACAGCUAUAGAUAGUUCUUUAUUCUUCUUUCAGCAGGUCAGUUUCAGUGACUUUGGUGCUAAUAUUCUCCCAGUAAUGCUGAGAGCUUCUACUGUUGAUUUCUUUACAGCUGAUGCCACUCCACCAAAUUUGAUUUCAUUCAGUGUAUCACUGGAUUCUGGUACCAUGGACAUGACAUUUGACGAACCUCUUGAUCAAAGCUUUGAUAUAACUGGUAUCACGUUUCUCUCUGGCUCAAUGUCACUGAUAUUUGAUAGUCAGGCAUCAUCAGUCAAUUAUAGUUCACUCUUCACGACUGUGAACAUCCAGUUUAGCACCUUGCAAGUUAAUGAGAUCAAACUCCUACUCUUCAAUACCAGCAGCAGUAACGUCAGCAUAGCAAUGAGUAGUCCCACUUGUAAUGACACUACUGGCAAUCCAGUCACACCCAUCCCUCUCUCUGAUCCAUUGACAGUUAGUAGUAUCGCUGGAGAUCAAAUACAUCCAUUCCUUGUCUCAUUCUCACCAACACAACGUCCUCCUGAUGCUUAUUCAAUGAGUUUCACUUUCAAUGAGUAUAUGGAUCCUGGUUCAUUUGAUCCUAAUACUUUAAGCCUCACACUGACAAGCUCAGUUUAUGGUACUAACGUAUUCUCGUCUUUCUCUGGGGGUACUCUGACUAAUGUCGACUAUUUCACUUUUAUUUAUUUCUUUGAUCUCUCAAGUCUACCAUCAAAUUUCCCCAUUGCAUAUCAAAUAGCUUAUUACUCAGGGAAUAUGUCCGUUACUUUUGGAAGUGACUUUAUUUCUGAUCUAGCUGGUAGGAUUGUCUUCACUCCAGACCCACCCCCAGUUGUUUCCUCUAAUGAAACUGAUACUUCAGUUCCACCAUCUCUACAAUCCUUCUCUCUUAAUCUUGCUCAAGGAUUAAUCCAGUUAACAUUUUCAGAAGAGGUUGUUCUUCUUGAAGGUUCAGCUACUUCUCUCACUCUUCAAAGCAAUAGCAAUGGAGAUAAUACCUUCUCCUUCAGUGCUGCUACUUAUGGUAACCUUCAAGGUUUGACUGGUUCUAUUAUUAGCGUUAAUAUCGAUUCUAAUGACCUUCAAUCAUUAUUAUCAAACAAUGCUAUAGGUACUAGUGUUGAUAAUACAUUCUUGGUAGUAUCGCAAUCUCUAGCUAUUGAUUACAGUGGUAAUAUGAUCACUAAUUCUGCUCCAAUUCAAGCAGCAAGUGUAAUACCUCCAUCAACUUCUUCUGCUACAACAGCUCCCUCAACAACCAGUGCAGUAUCCUCCUCUAUCAUGAGUAGUUCAUCAGUAGCAGCUGCAAGCAGUAGUUCAGUUGCUAUUUCUACGACAGCAGUUCCCUCAACAACAGAUAUGCCAACAAAUACAAUAGCACCAACCUCCACUGUGGCAGGUACAAGCUCAGCAGUGACCUCUGUAAUGACAGCUACUACAGCAGUAAUCAGCUCUACAGGAGUAGUUAGUACUACUCCAGCUAGCUCCACUCCAGCUAGUUCUACAACAAUAGCAGUUAGUUCCACUCCAGCUAGUUCCACUGCAGAUGUUAGUUCUACUACAGUAUCAGUAUCAGCUACUACAGUAUCAGCUAGUUCAAUAGCUCCUUCCUCUACUACAGUAGCAGGUAGUUCAACACCAGCACCUUCCAGUACACCAGUAGUGAUUACUGAUUCAGUCCUUGAUAUGAACAGUGGUAUCAUGAACAUGACAACAAGCAGGGACAUUCAAAUUAUUCUUGUUGCUAAUAACCUAUUGAUAAACAAUGGUACCUCAUCCUAUGCAUUAACUUCAGUUAGCAAUUAUAAUCGUAUCACGGGUACAGAGUUCAUGAUAACCAUUGGAUCACUGGAUCUUAACUCUUUGAAGGUCCUAGAACCGUCAGUGAACUGGUCACUGACAAUACAAGCUGGUGCUGUAUUUGAUAUAUCUGGUGGUACUAAUGUACUGCAGACUGUUCCAUUCAGUGAGUUCAUAGCUGACAUGACUCCUCCUUUAUUGCUAGCAUUCAUUAUUGAUAUGAACUCUGAGACCAUAACCUUAUCGUUUGAUGAGCCAAUCAUUGAUAUCAAUGUAGCUAGUGGUGUCUAUCUCACCAAUUCAUCAGUUAGUAGUACACCAAGUGCCUAUCAGUUGAGUUUAUUGCUUCAGUCCUCUACAAUUGAUUCAAUGACUUUUGCUCUAACAACACUUGAUCUGAACAUGCUAAAAUUUGAUUCUACAAUUGCUACAAGUGUCCUAAAUUCGUUUAUCUUCUUGGCCCAAUCAAGUUUUGAAGAUUACAGUUCUAACCCCAUAGGGCCUGUAAGCUCUCAAGCUAGCUCAUUCACACAGGACUUUACUCAACCAACCUUAGUCUCAUAUCAAAUUAAUCUAAAUUCUGCUAGCAUGACAUUCACCUUUAGUGAACCAGUCAUUACCAGUUCUAUUAAUAGUAACGGAGUGGUUAUAUCCGGUUUUUCACCGAUCACUUCAUCAGCAAAUGUAGCAGUAUCGUUGAUUGGUGGGUCUGUGUACGAUACUAUUAUUAGCGUUUCUAUUAAUAGUAACAUUAAUGAGAUCAAAUUAGCUCUAUACGGUAGCUCUACUGCCUAUAUCUCAGUCCCUUCUACAUUUAUAAUGGACACAGCUAAUAUUGGCCUCAGUGUUAUUAAUAUGCUUUCUCCUCUUGAAGCCUCUCAAAUAUUUCAGGACACAACCUCACCGUCAGUCACUGGUUUCUCUCCUAAUGCAUCUUCUCCCAUUGCUGGAUCCAUUAGCUUCAUCUUCAAUGAAUAUGUAGAUAUUACUACACUCAGUGAAUCCAGUAUUACCAUUACUAUCAGCAGCUCUGUCAUCAAUGGAUCAUAUCACAUGUUUAAUGGAGGCACAUGGUCAUCAGCUCCCAACAAUGCCACUGUCAUAUAUUCAUUCAGUAGUGGAGACAGGGAACAACAGUUCUUUGGUAUUGGGUACCUUUUAGCUGUUAAUUCCGGUCAAGUCUCUACCACUUUCACCACUGGCCUAGCGACAGAUCUUGCUGGAAAUAUUGUCAACACUCAAGUAUCUCCGCUAACAUAUACAGCUGUGGUUCAAGAUAACGUCAGACCUCAGUUUGAAUCCUUCACCAUUGAUCUUGAUGCUGGAGAAUUGAUGCUUAGUUUUUCUGAAGACGUCAUCCUCAUUGCAAUCAAUGGUAACGUUCAAAUUCAAAGCUCUUCCAUUAAUCCUUCAGACGUGUUCAUCUUGAACACUGCUGCUUACACCAAUCAAACAGGAUUGUAUGGAACUAUUAUUAACAUCAGACUGACUACUCUUGAUUCUGGCCUGCUGUUUAAUAAUACCAAUCUUGCUAACAGUGUUAAUGACACAUACUUGAGUUUAUUGGAAGGAUUUGGAGUCGAUUACUCAGGAAAUUCUCUCAUAGCAACUACUGAUGGGAUAAAAGCAAGUCAAGUCGUAACGUCACUCACUCCUGACAAUCCACCAUUACUACAAGAUGCUACUCUGGAUCUGAACAGCAACACAUUGCUAUUAACGUUUAGUAUGGCAAUGAAUCCAUCUCUUACUGCUCCUGAUCUUAUCUCAAUAGCUCCUAUUGGAGUCUCCUUGAGUGCUGGUGCUAGUGUGGAGCUCUUUAAUGGGAACGAUACAAUCCUCUUACUCUCCCUCACUCCCUCUGACUCUUCCAAUAUUAAAUAUUUAUUUACAGCUGGUAUGAGCGUUUCACUGGGAUCCAAUUCAGUGUACAGUACUGAAGGUGAAGGUAGCUUAAUACAGUCUGUUACCAUAGAAACUAUAAUAGCGGAUACCACUGGUCCUUUAGUAUCCACGUAUUCCUUUGAUUUGGACAGUGGUCAGAUAUCUAUUACAUUUACUGAACCAGUUUCCAAUUCCACCUACAAUUCAUCCAAUGUGUGGCUAAGCAAUGUGAACAGUACCCAACCUACUGGUCUAUCAUUAGCUAAUAGUGCUAUAGCAUCAAGCAGUGUUAGUAAUACGAUAUUGACUAUACAGUUACCCACAUCUAUUAUCACUGCUGUCACUUCUGAUCCUAAUCUAGCUACGUCUACUGCAAACACAUUCUUAUUCUUUGCAGCUGAUAGCUUUCAAGAUUUGUUCUCAAAUCCCUUGCAGUCAAGUCCUUCAAGUAUUCAGCCGUCAAGUUUUGUUGGUGACACUACAGCUCCUUCUCUUCAGUCCUAUACAGUUGAUCUUAACACUGGAAUACUCUCACUGUCUUUCAGUGAAGUUAUGAUUGUAUCUUCGUUUGACAUAUCUCAAGUUACUCUCUCAGUGUCUAGUAAUAAUCUUGUAAUAACGGACUCCAGUACAGUGAGCACUGGCUACAACAGUGUCAUUAACAUAGAGGUGCAAGGGUCUUCUCUCAACCAGUUAAAGGCACUGAUCAAUGGUGGAUCAACAGUUAGUCUCAGCAUGACAUCCUCUGCUGCAAUGGAUGCUAGUUCUAAUCCAGUCACUAGUAUAUCAACCCCAUUAGUUAGUUCAAUGGUCUUCCUUGAUACAAUGUCACCUUCUCUUGUUAGUUUAUCUGCCAGCACUGUAGACCAAAGAACACUCAAUAUCACUUUUAAUGAGUACAUACUGCCUUCUUCAUUCAACCCAGCAGGUAUUACACUGUAUCUCAAUACCAGUACAGGUCUUUAUACAUUCAGUGAUUUCACUCAAGGAGCAGCACCUAGUGGUGUCUCUUCCAAGUUGACAUUCAUUUUCAGUGAAGCUGAGUUCCAGGGUAUGGUAGCAAUACGGUACCAGCAAGCCUAUUAUUCAGGCAGUAUUGGUAUCAGCUUAGCUCCUACUGCUGUUACUGAUAUUGGGGGAAAUGAGGUCACUCAAUCAACUGUGUAUUACUUUAGCAUGAUGAGCGACCCAGUCUCACCUCAGCUAGUAUCAUUCCAACUAAACCUUGACACUGCUAAUCUAACUAUGACAUUCUCAGAGCCAGUAGUCAUUAACCAGAUACAGCAACAAGUGACUGUACAAAAUGCAGCAACUGAUCCAACAGAAAGUUACACACUCACAUCUUCUGGUUACGAUACUCAAGAAGGAGCUGUUGGAACCACUGUUUCACUGAUACUGUCAUUAGGAGAUGUAAUAAGUAUUGCCGGUAACCCAAGUCUUGGUAGCUCAGUCAGUAAUACUUACCUGUUACUGGGGGCUAGUAUUGCUGUGGACUUUAGUGGUAAUUUCUUGCAAACUCAAGCUAGUUCAAUACAGGCUUCAUCAGUUGUUGAUUACUCUGGUCAACUCAACCCGCAAGUGAGAACGUUUGAUCUUGAUCUUGAUUCCGAUCAAAUGACACUUCAUUUCAGUGCUCCUGUCAAUGUCAGUACACUCGUUGCAUCAAGGAUCACGUUAUUGAAUGAUACCAGUGAUCCAAUCACCUCAAUAUCACUGACUAACGUAACACUGAUUGCUCAAGGUGAGCAAACUGAUUUCCGUUUCCUACUCAACACUCAUGAUAUCAUUAACAUUAAGAGACACCCAUUGUGUUACACUUCUAGCAAUUGUUAUGGUAGCUUUGCCCAAGGGCUGGCUCUUAAUUCCAUUCAGUUGCCAUCAGCUCCUACUCCAUCGAUACAGGUGAGUACUCUAGUUCAAGACGUUACUCCUCCAAGGUUUCUUGCUUUUCCUGUCUUUGACUUAAACUCUGGUUUAUUUACUAUUAUAUUUUCUGAGCCAAUCAAUGGAUCAAGUGCCCAGUUUACUCAAGUCACUUUCUCAAAUUCUGUGAAUAAUCCAAGCCAAUCGGUCACUCUUACCGAAGGAUUUACUUCUCCUGAUAGCAUUGAGAUUGAUUUCCAUCUCACUCGGCCUGAUCUAAAUGCAUUAAAGUAUCGUCUUAAUCUCUGUACUGACAGAACCAAUUGUUGGGUGGCACUGCCUUCAUUCUUUAUAUCUGAUAUUGGUUCUAAUCCUUACUUGCACUCCAACUAUCAGCCUGGAGCUAUGGCUAGCUACCAUCAGCCUACAGUGUUUGUUCCAGACACUACCCAACCUUCUCUGGAGAGGUUCAGUAUUGACAUGAAUACUGGUCAGAUUACACUGUCUUUUGAUGAAGUGGUGGAUGAAAUGUUUUUUGAGGCUAAUGACGUUACCUUGCUUAACACUACAGGACCAAACCAUUUGAGUAUUGCAUUAAGUAAUGAUACUCAAUACAUUAGGAUUAAUGAGGGAACUGAGAUAGUACUGACACUGACCACUGAUGACUUGAACUGGAUCAAAGCCAGAGAUAUAUUUGAUGACAUUAACAACUCUUUCUUGUCAUUGGUUACACUAAUGUCUGACGUAUCAGGUAAUGUAUUGGAAGAUGCUAUUGGUAUGCAGGCAUGGACUUUCACAAGAGAUGAAUCAGCAGUGAAUCUCAUUCAAUUCAAUUCAUUUGAUCUUGAUGCUGGUACAUUUGUGCUUUUAUUUGAUGAGCCGGUAAACCCACAGACCUUCAAUAUGACGGCUCUGGUGUUCUCCAGUGGUACCAGUGGCUCUCCUGUCACUUACAGACUAACUGGUGGGAUCUUAGCUUCAUUCAAUGAUGAGAAACUAUCGUUUCAAUUUCAGUUUAUAGUCAGUGACAGAAUUGCCAUCAAACUGCUACCUGGUUUAAUGACCAACGAAGCCAAUACAUACGUAUACACUGACUCUAAUCUUGUAGCAGAUACUUCUGUCAAUUAUAAUGCACCAAUUCCCAUCACAUCAGCUCUCAGAGUAGCUUCAGGCGGUUUCAUUCCUGAUACUUCCCUAGCUGAGUUAGAUUCCAGUGAGCUGGACAUGAAUACAGGGAGUCUAAAGCUUGUAUUUAAUGAUGUCAUCAGUGCCAAUAGUUUAAUGCCGUUUUUAAUUAGCAUUCAAAGUACUCCUUCAAUAAAUGAUGGGACUAAGCACACACUAUCAACUAGUAGUGUUACAAGCACUCAGAGUUCUAAUGUAAUAUUCAUUUAUCUCCCAAAGAGUGAUUUGGAUAGCAUUAAAGCUAAUCUUGAUCUUGCAACACAGUCCAGCACUAGUUAUGUAUCCUUCCCAACUACAGCAGCACAAGAUAUUGAAGGAAGGAAUGUCAUUGGUGUAGCUAAUACUGCAGCUCAGAGAGUGUCACUGUAUACCCCAGACACCACUCAACCUCAGUUGCAAUCCUACACCAUUGACAUGGAUACUGGAACACUAGCACUGACUCUAUCUGAGCCAGUUCUAUUGCAGUCAUAUACUCCACAGGAACUGACCAUACAGAACACAGCCAGCACUCCCAGUUCAUCAUUCACCCUUACAUCAGGGACUGUCUCUGCCGAUAAUGAUAUUGCUGAUAGUAUCAUUACAUUGACUUUAGAUUAUGAUGAUCUAAAUGAGAUUAAAAGUUUAACAUCACUAGCCACUGAUAUAUCAAGUACUUUCUUAACAGCAAGAUCAAGUUUCUUUACGGAUACAAGCAGCAACAUGUUGGUAAAUGCAACUGGUCUAUCUCCUUCAAGUUUUUCAGGUGAUGUCACUCUUCCUGUUCUUGUCUCCUUCAGUCUUGAUCUAAGAGCCAGUGGACAGCUGGCUCUUAAUUUCUCUGAGGCAGUUCGCUACACUGCCAGUCUCCAGAGCACCAUCAUGCUACAGAACAGGGUCACCAACCCUACAGUAGUCAUUAGUCUUAAUUCAGGAGAGGCUGCAACAAAGACAAGGCUUGACGAGGUGACGAUAACCCUCUCCAGUUCUCACACAAAUCAACUACUAACUGAUCCCGAUAUAGCAGAGACUACUAGUGCCCUCUACAUAUCAAUGACUCCUGGAGGAAUAUAUGACUACAGCAAUGGACAGGGACAGACUAUAGCAUCACUCACUCAAAAAGCAACUUCUCUUUAUCGUACAUGUUUUGAUGCUAAUACGUACAACAAUGCUAGUCUUGGCACAUGUGAGAUGUGUUCUCCAUCUUGUGUUGGAGGCUGCACUGGGUCAAGAACAAUAGCUGGUCCUGGUGGCUGCAGCCAGUGCAGUGUUAUUGAACUGGACACUAAUGGAGAUCAGGUCACUUGUCUUCCGACUGGUUCACAGUGCCCCAUUGAUUAUUACAGUGACACCAGUACAUCAUUCGUUGGACUCAGUUCAGGCGGUCAACUGUGUCGUCCUUGUCAUGAAACAUGUGCAACAUGUAACAAUGGAGGAGAGAACUCCUGCACUUCCUGCCAAUCGGCAUUCAUUGUCAAUAGUUUUGGUAGUUUAUCUCAAUGUGCGAUGUCCUGUGGGUCUAAUGUCACUGAUUGUUUCUACUGCCAUAUCGAGUGUAAUGGUUGCACUGGGUCUACCAAUCGUGACUGUGUCUCAUGUAAGGGUUUAAUGAGGACUAAUUCUCAAGGUCAAAGGGUUUGUGCUCCUAGUUGCAACUCUAAUCAAUACCUCUCAGAGAAGAAUGGAGAGUUCUUUUGCUUUGAUUGUCAUCCCCAGUGCUCCGGUUGCACAGGCCCUGCUAACACUCAGUGCAGUCACUGCAGAAAUGUGAACAAUACCUUCACUAGUGAGAAUGAGUGUAUUGCUGCCUGCCCUUUUGGCUCUUAUUCUGAUGAUAACAACAAGUGCAGGGCCUGUGAUCCUCAGUGUAGUGGCUGUAGUGGUCCUUCUUCAUCAAACUGCUCAGUCUGCAGUGAGGAAUCCAUUACACAGACCAAUGGAGAGUCAGUCUGUGUUCCAUCAUGUCCACUCUGGCAGAUCUAUGAUCUCAGUAGCAGCAGCUGUGCACUAACAAAUGAUGCUCAGUUAGCAGUUAUUGUGGUAGCAUCAGUGACUGGUGGAGUCCUAUUGGUAUUAGCUUGUUUGUUGGCCUGUUGCUGUAUAUUCUGCUGCAGGAAGAAGCUAAAACUCGAUGCUGAUGAUGACAUUGAGUUAACUGGAGGUGUUGCAUUCAAAAGAGGCUCAUACCUUACAAGCAAAAUGAGUUCAUUAUAAAAACACACAAAAAACAAUAAAUUUUUAAUUUUAAACUGAAAAUGUCACUAUCUAAUUUAUAACAAUAUUUUCUGUAAUCCCACACACAUUAUUAUUAUUAUUAUUAUUAUUGUUAUUAUUAUUAUUAUUAUUAAUGUAGUUUUAAAAUGUCACUCAGUAU